GGGUUAUCAGUUCACUGUGCGUUUCGUACGUUUGUUGGUGCACGCCAUAAACAAAUUGAAUUUAUCUUGGAAUUAAAUUGUAAAUAUUAAGAAUAAAAAUUGUCACAAAUGGAUAAGUGCUACCUCUGCAAAUCAAAAAAAGUUGACGAUAUACAAUAUGGAGAAUUCUUGAGAAAUGCAGAAAUGGGAUUUGGGGUUCAUACAUUUUGCCUGUAUUUAUCCUCAAACCUAACACAAAAUGGACAGGAUGAUGAAGGCUACUUGGGGUUCUUGAAGGCAGACAUCAAAGACGAGGAAAGACGUGUCUCCCAUUUGAGGUGCUGCUAUUGUCGCGAAAAAUAUGCGAAUAUUGGUUGCUGUGAAAAACGAUGUCACAGGGCUUUUCAUCUGAUUUGUGGUAUGGAAAAUGGGGCAGAAAACCAGUUCUGCCAGUCCUUCAGAUCUUAUUGCCAUGGACAUAGGCGUAAAGGACCUAAAAUUCCUGAAGCGGAGACUACGUGCACAAUUUGCUAUGAAAAGCUACUCGAGCCUAAUACGAAUAACAAGAAAUGGAGAAUUGUGCAAAGUCCCUGUUGCCGUAACGGCUGGUUUCACAAACUGUGUCUACAAAAAUUCGCUAAGACUGCGGGUUAUUUUUUCAAAUGUCCACUCUGCAAUGAUGCCAAAGUGUUUCGUCAGAAGCUGCCAGCUCAAGGAAUAUUCAUUCCCAAUCAAGACGCUGCUUGGGAAUUGGAACCAAAUGCAUUUGUCGAACUUUUGGAGCGCCCCAGUGAAUGUGCCGCCACAGUAUGUGAAAAUAAAAAUGGGCGCAACUACACAUCCCAUGCAAAUCCGUUAAUACUAUGUGGCACGUGUGGUUCUACAGCCAUGCACAAGCGGUGUCUACCCCAACCCAAUAAGGGCCGUUUUUACUGUGCAGAUUGCACCAUUGCUUUUCAUCAACAUGACCGAGAUGAUGAAAAUGACGAUGAAGCCGAAGAAAUAGAUGUUUGCCAUGUUAGCGACAAUGAGGAUUUGAAUAUGGUUCAAAGGCUCUUUGGCCACGAUGAAAAGGCAGUGCAUGGGGAUGAUGACGAUUUUUCGGAUGCUGGAAUAAGGAUAUCCCAUCCCCACAGGUCUAGAAUUUUAAGUAGCGAUAGCAGCAAAAGCGAUCUGCCCUCGCCGCGAGCAUUCACAGCCAGUUUUAAGGAUGAAAGGCUCGAUCGUGACGAUAACACACAAUGCGAUCGAGCACUGCAAAGGGAUGAUGACGAUAUUUCUGAUGUUGGAAUAAAGAUAUCCCAUCCUCGAAGGUCCAGAAUUUUAAGUAGCGAUAGCAGUAAAAGCGAUACGCCCACGCCACAAACGUACACUCAGAGUUCCAAGUACGAAGAAAGCUCUGCUGCAAACAAGAAAAUUGAUACAUGCUUUUUGUGUAAAUCAUCGAAUAAGGACGACAUCCAAUAUGGGGAUUUCUUACGUAGUGAAGAGAUGGAAAUGGGAGUACACACAUUUUGUUUGUAUUUAUCUUCAAAUCUGACACAGAAUGGUACGGAUGAAGAAGGUUUCCUUGGGUUUUUGAUAGAUGAUAUCAAAAAGGAAGAGAUCCGCAUUUCCCACCUGAAAUGUUUCUAUUGUCGAAAAAAAUAUGCAAAUAUUGGUUGUUGUGAGAAAAAAUGCCGUCGAACAUUCCAUUUAAUUUGCGGCAUUGAGAAUAAUGCCCAAAAUCAAUUCUGCAACUCUUUUAAGUCCUACUGUUUUAACCAUAGACGCAGAAGAAUCGGCAAGCCACCACCCACUGCCACAUGUUCCAUCUGUUAUGACUUAUUGGGCACUAAAAAAUGGGGGCUUGUUAAAAGUCCAUGUUGUUUUAAUGGCUGGUUUCAUAAAUUUUGUCUUCAGAAAUUUGCCAAGACCGCAGGGUAUUUCUUCAAAUGUCCACUCUGCAAUGAUGCUAAGACCUUUCGACAGAAACUACCGGCACUCGGUAUAUUUAUUCCAAACCAAGAUGCGGCCUGGGAAUUGGAACCAAACGCAUUUGCUGAACUUUUGGAACGUCCCAAUGAAUGCUCAGCAAUUGAGUGCGAAAAUAGAGAAGGACGAAGACAUUCAUCAGCAGCUAAUCCGCUUUUGUUGUGUAGGACUUGUGGUUCUACGGCAGUUCAUAAGAAAUGUCUACCGAAAUCGGAUAAAAACAGAUUUCAUUGCAAGGACUGCACAAUCGCCAUGGUUGAAGAAGAGGAGGACAGUGGCAGGUACAGUUUGAAUUCCGAAACAAAUGGUAGUGACAAUAAGUUAGGUAAUGCGAGUUAUCACGAAAACAUGGCGGUUAUCAACGGAUUGAUGGGAGAUGAUGAAAAUUCCUCGGAUGAUGAAAUAAAGACACAGCGACGUUAUAAAAACAGGUUGUGGAGUGUAGAUUCACAAGCUCAGGCUGGAAGUAAUAACAAAAAGCGCCGCCACAAACGGCCGAGUACCAUAUAUUCAACAGACGAUGAUGAUGAUGAAGUAGAGAUAAUAUGUGACAAAGCAAAUCCAUGUCAAUCACACGAAAGUUUGGAAAGUCUCGUUCCCGUGAAGAAUGAAACUAACCCUGGUGGAAACAACAGCGGCAAGGAAAAGUUAUUACGUUGGGGUCGCAUCAUAACAGAUUCCAGUGACGACGAAGUGACGGUGGAAGUUAUGCCGGCAGAACAGGACAAAUCCAACAAAACACUGAAUAGCAAAACAGCGCCGGCAAAGCCGAUCAAAAAUGACGAGGAAUAUGUACCGAAAAAAUUACCUAAAAUAAUCAAUGACGGGAUGAAAACGAGCUCAAGUGCUACAUUAUUAGUGUCAUUUGAGGAAGUGCACAAAGAAAAUCCUAACAGAAGCCACAAUAAAAUAAGGAGAGUAAUAAGAAGUGACGAAGAAGACGAUGAUGUGAAGAAAGAUCAUAUGAAGUCAGUCAACAUUGACACAGAAUGUUCAUCAAAUGUUGAAGCAUCAUAUAAAGAUAGUGUUGGGAAUUGCAAUAACAGGAGUUCCGUACGUGACUUCAAAACCUUUACACCAAUUGAUGGUAGUAGUGAUGAUGAUAUCGAUAUCCACAAUUCCAAGAAUUCGAAACUCAAAACAAUGCAAGAAAUCCGUGAGAUAAGUACUGAAGAAAAAUCUGACGAAGAUGAUGAUCCGUUAGAGAACUUUACAAAACUUGUCGAGAGACAAAAGGAUAUUAGUUGCAUCGCUCAAAGGACCAGAACAAGAGUAACUAAUCGAAGCUAUCCAGAGGAGUAUUCCAAAAAAGCAAACAAGGCUUUAAAGACACGAAAGACUAUUACAUUUCAAAAUCAAAAGCAAGAAUCUUCUACCAAACAUGAUAAUUUGGACGUAUCUUGCAUUGCGAGAAGGACUCGGCGUAAAAGCACGGCAUCUGAGCAUGUUAAUUCGAAAGAUAGAUAUUCAGGUUUGUCUGCGAGUAAACAGUUGAAUGCCCCUUGUGUUACUAUUAGAACACUCGGCAGGCGGAAAACGGUGUGUUCCGAAACGGUAACAGAAAAGAAAAGACGGGAAACUCAAGAAAUACACGUUGGAAAGUCGUCUAGUUCGGAAACUAUUGAAUCAUGCCAUUCUUAUGAAAUAUCUGCAGUGUAUGACAAAAAAGAUCAAACCGAAGAAGAAAGUGAGGAUUGCGAAAACGACAGACAAAACGAUGGCAAACUCAGCCCCUUUGAGUUGUCUUGCAUUGCGAAACGGACAAGAAGACGUAAAUCUUCAUCUCAAACCGAGGACAAAAUUCCGACUUCUUCUUACUCUUUGGCUUUGUCAAAUCGAUACAAUCACGCCUGGCCCAGGCAAAAUGAACUUGUGGCAUUUUCUAAAUUGAGAAACAAACAAAAUUAUUAUCCAAGUAAUAAUCAUCAUCCCCAUGUUAAUAAUCGCAAAAGAAACUAAUUUUUGUUUUUUCUUUCACAUCAAUUUGGUUUUCAACAACAAUAUAUACCCUCAUAUAUAUAUGAAGAAGACAGUUAUACUAAAUAAGUUUUAUACCGUGUAUAAAGUGAUGUUGAGCCCUAAAUGGGCACCCCUUUUUGUAGUUGUAGUUUUAUACUCUUACAUAUAAGUUCAAUAGAAAUUCCAUUAUUGUGACUCUAUGAUAGAUUAUUGUAAACAAUGUUAUUUACUUUGAAUACCGGAACAAUUUAUAAUAUACCUCUAGUUCAUACUGUUGUAAUAUAAAAAUUAUGUAUUUU